CCGGGUAGGUCACGUGACCUGUCUCAUCUUCUAUAAAAUCCUUCACUCGUUUCAUUUUCUUUCCAAACUUAUCAUUUCAACAUUUCAAAAAUGAAAAUUUUCAUUGUGACACUUCUGUUGGUGGCUUCAGCAUUUGCGCUGCCAAAUCAGGAAGAAAAAACGGCAAGAGCUGCUAGAUUCGACGAAAGAAAAUUCAGUAACAACAAACACGCAUCCUUGACAUCAAAUGAUUUAGAUAGCAACAAAAAACAAGUCUCUCAGUUUUUAACCUCAAAGAAUGUCAUCAGAACUCUUGUAAAACUCAUCUUUGGUAAUGAUGAAGAAAGUGCCGCAACAUCCAAGCAAAUCCUGAAUAUUUUUGUGAGUGUUCUGGAUAUGCUUAAAAACACAUUAGGGCAAAGAGCACGUUCUUCUAAAGGUGUUGUUUUAAGUGAUGCAGCAACAGCUAGUGCGUCGCUUUUAAAAGGAUACAUCCGUGCCUUUUUGACAAACAACAGUAGUUGUGUACAAAAGUAUUUGUGUGAAGCUAGUAAAGAAGCUGUAAGUGAUGGACAUGAAGUAGGAUAUCUCAUUGCUCAAGUUGGAGGAUAUGCAGCAAGUUAUGCCUUGGAUAAUCAAAAGACAUUUCAAGAAAAUUAUACUGCUUCACGAAGAGGUCGAAGCGGAGAAGAUUGCAAACAUCUCUACCAAGUAUGCAACGAAGUAGAAUAAUGUUGUUAGCUGGACUGACAAUACAUAUUUCAUUGUACCAUUUAUUUAUUGAAUUUCAUCUUUAGUUUUACACUGCUGGCAGCCUUUUUUUAAUAAAAUUUUUUAAUAUAACAAAGGUUUCAUUUUGCAAUGUUAUUGUAAGAUACAAUAUCUUUUGUAAUGCUCACUCUUCAAUAAAAUUAUAGAACACUUUAA